GUUACGGCUUUUUCUAUUUUACUGUUGGCAACGCUGUCUGUAUAGAUUGUGAAUUGUGAUUGUGACAAUCUAUGGUGACAAUUUAUCGCCAUUUUCAGAUUUCCAAGUAAAAUUCGAAAAUGGCUAACAACCUGUUAGCACUCACUUGCAAACAACUACUUAAAAAUGUUGCUGCUAAACAUUCAGUACAGACUGCCUCUAUGAGUGCUAAUGUUGCUGGUUCAUUUACAAGAAAACUAAUUGGUAAGAGAGAAAUUGUAGGACAAGGUUUUAGUGGAGAACCCACCUAUAUUGAUAGGGCUGACUUUCCUUUUCCUGCUAUUAGAUGGAAGGAACCCAAUGCUGACAUCCUGGCUUUGCGUGAAAAAGAGAAAGGAGAUUGGAGCAAGCUUUCUUUAGAAGAAAAAAAAGCUAUCUACAGGGCUUCUUUUAGACAGACAUUUUCUGAGUUCCAAGCACCAACUGGCGAAUGGAAAUAUAUUCUUGGUGUUGGAUUUAUAAUAUUGUCUGCUGGAAUUUGGUGCUUUUUCUUCCUGAAAGCUUUUGUGUAUGCCCCAUUGCCUGACACCUUCAAGAAAGAGAAUAGGGAAGCUCAACUAGCACGUAUGCUUGAUUUGCGUGUCAAUCCUAUUGAAGGUAUCUCCUCCAAAUGGGAUUAUGAAAAGAAGGAAUGGAAGAAAUAGAAAAUUUAAUAACUGUAUAGACAAUUAAACUAACGGUGGGAUCUGUACAAGGGCAGCAGUACAGAUCUUAUUGUUACCAUCUAGUUGCCAGCAUAACUAAACCAUUUUAUAUUUUGUUUAAUGUUGCAUUCUUUUGUGAUAAACCUACGGGCAGUUUUGCUGAAAAAAUAUGUAUUAAUAAAAGUAAACUGGAUAAAUAUA